AACUUCCAUGAAAGCGAAGCAAAUCAGAACCCUCAUGAAAGCGAAGCAAAUCAGAACCCCCAUAAAAGCGAAGCAAAUCAGAACCUCCAUGAAAGCAAAGCAAGUCUGAACCUCCAUGAAAGCGAAGCAAGUCUGAAUCCCCAUGAAAGUGAAACAAAUCAGAACCCUCAUGAAAGUGAAGCAAAUCAGAACCCUCAUGAAAGUGAAGCAAGUCUGAACCCUCAUGAAAGUAAAGCAAGUCUGAACCCCCAUAAAAGCGAAGCAAGUCUGAACUCCCAUGAAAACGAAACAAAUCAGAACCCCUGUGAAAGCAAAA